AAAGCAAACAGCUUUAGAAGCAACAUCAGAGGUGGAACCAUGUGGACAGAGAGUGACUUGGAUCCAGGUGUGCCGUGCCUUCAAAGCAGUACAGUGCCUGAGGAUGGUAAAGUAUACCGAAUGUAUCAUGGAACCACUAAAACAGCAGCAGAAAAGAUCAGAAUCCAAGGCUUUCGGGCAUCUGCAGACGGCAUGCUUGGACCUGGCGUCUACCUCAGUCGAGAUCUUAACAAGGCCAGCAGAUACCCUCUUGAUAAUCCCAAAGAGAGAGUUGUUAUUAGAGUAAAGGUAAAUGUUGGAAGAGUGAAGAGGAUUGACCGCCAACAUCAUCCACUGCAGAAAACCUGGCACGCUGAAGGGUACGACACUGCCUGGUGCCCUCCAGACUGUGGCAUGGUCACCAGCGGCCUUGAGGAAGAUUGUGUUUGGGAUCCAAAACGAAUCACAAUCAUUGAUAUAAUUCCUCCAAGCCCUCAAAACAUUUCCAAAAUUAAUCCAGAGGAUCCGGUAGAAGGUAAAGAGUAUACAAUGUUUCAUGGCACAUCAAUAGAGAAUGCAGAGAAAAUCAAAGCCCAUGGAUUUAGCCAGUCAAAACGAGGUAUACUUGGGCGUGGCGUUUACCUCAGUCGAGAUCCAGAAAAAGCCUUUAAUGCCCCUACGCAUGUUACUAAACUUCAGAGAACUGUGCUGAGAGUGAAGGUCAAUGUUGGGAGAGUGAUAAAGAUUGAUCGCCAAGGUCAUCCACUGCAGAAAACCUGGCACUGCAAAGGGUAUGACACUGCCUGGUACCUUCCAGACUGUGGACUGGUGAACAAUGGUCUUGAAAAAGACUGUGUUAGGGAUCCAAGACGAAUCACUGUCAUUGAUAUAAUUCCUCCAAGCCUUCGAAGUAUCAUACCACAUGAUCUAGAAGGUUUAACCAUGUGGAAAGAGAGUGACUUGGAUCCAGAUGUGCCAUUUCUCCAAAGCAGUACAGAGCCUAAGAAUGGUAAAAUAUACCGAAUGUAUCAUGGGACCACUAAAACAGCAGCAGAACAGAUCAGAAUCCAAGGCUUUCGGCCAUCUGCAGAUGGAAUGCUUGGACGUGGCGUCUACCUCAGUCGAGAUCUUAACAAGGCCAGCAGAUACCCUCUUGAUAAACCCAAAGAGAGAGUUGUUAUUAGAGUAAAGGUAAAUGUUGGGAAAGUGAAGAAGAUUGACUAUCAAGAUCAUCCACUGCAGAAAACCUGGCACGCUGAAGGGUACGACACUGCCUGGUGCCCUCCAAACUGUGGUAUGGUGUCCAGCGGCCUUGAGGAAGAUUGUGUUUGGGAUCCAAAACGAAUCACAAUCAUUGAUAUAAUUCCUCCAAGCCUUCAAAACAGUAUUCCAGAGGAUCCAGUAGAAGGCAAAGAAUAUACAAUGUUUCACGGCACAUCAAAAGAGAAUGCAGAGAUAAUCAAAGCCCAUGGAUUUAGUCGGUCGAAAAAGGGCAUACUUGGACGUGGAGUUUACCUCAGUCGUGAUCCAGAAACGGCAUUUAGCACCCUUACGCACUUGACCAUACUAGAGAGAAGUGUUCUGAGAGUGAAAGUCAAUGUUGGGAGAGUGAUAAAGAUUGCCUAUCACUGUCAUCCACUGCAGAAAACCUGGCACUGCAAAGGGUACGACACUGCCUGGUUCCCUCCAAACUGUGGCAUGUUGAAUAAUGGUCUUGGUAAAGACUGUGUUAGGGAUCCGACAAGAAUCACAGUUAUUGAUGUAAUCCGUCCAGUUUGA